AUGACUUUAGGCAUAUGGAUAGCUUUCUUGAUUAUUUCAACAUGUUCGUCAGUACCUUUACAGCCAAUACGUAAAUGUGAUGCAGAUUGUGAUUAUAAUAUUACUCAAUUAAUUCAAAGUAAAGGUUAUCCAUGUGAAGAACAUAAAGUAUUAACUAAAGAUGGUUAUAUUCUUGGUGUUUUUCGAAUUCCACAUGGUCGCAAUUCAUCAUCGAUAGGUCGACCAGUUUUACUACAGCAUGGUCUGCUCGAUUCAGCUACAACAUGGGUAAUGAAUUUUCCCGAGCAAAGUCUUGGCUAUAUACUUGCUGAUGCUGGUUAUGAUGUAUGGCUUGGUAAUAUGCGUGGAAAUUAUUAUUCUCGUGCUCAUGUUAAAUAUAAUCCCGAUCAUGAUGAAGAGUUCUGGGACUUUAGCUGGGAUGAUAUGGCACGUGAUGAUCUUCCGUCAAUGAUUUAUUAUAUUUUAAAUGCAACAAAACAUACACAAAUUGCUUAUGUUGGUCAUUCACAAGGAACACUAAUUGCAUUUGCUGAAUUUGGUCGUUUAAAUAAUAUCGUACAAAAUAAUGUUAGUUUUUGGGCAGCAUUAGCACCUGUUGCACAAUUAGGACAUAUUAAAUCACCUAUAAAAUAUUUAUCACCAACACCAAUAGUAGAUGAUAUUGCACGUCUCUGGUAUUUAUUAUUUGGUCGAAAUGAAUUUCUUCCAUCAUCUUCUAUGAUACAUUGGUUUGCAAAACAUGCAUGUACAGAAGCUAUUAUCGAUCGAGAAGUUUGUGAAAAUAUUAUAUUUAUUUUAUGUGGUCCUGAAACAAAUAACAUGAAUAGCACAAGGGUUCCAGUUUAUACUGCUCAUGAACCGGAUGGUACGUCUGUAAAAAAUAUGAUUCAUUUUGCUCAAGGCGUUCAAUCGAAUUUAUUUCAAGCUUAUGAUUAUGGUUCACCAGAAAAAAAUCAAUUGCAUUAUAAUCAAUCAACACCACCAGAAUACUCGGUUCGUCCAAUGAAAAUACCAACAGCAGUAUUUUGGUCAGGUGAAGAUUGGCUUGCUGAUCCAGUUGAUGUGUCCUACUUAUUCGAUAAUAUUCAAAAUUUAGUUUAUGAAAAAUAUAUUCCAGAUUAUAACCAUUUAGAUUUCGUUUGGGCAAUUACAGCUUAUAAAGUUAUGUAUCCAGACUUAAUUAAUCAAAUGCAAAAAUAUCAUCCAUCAAAUUAA